UCAUAGUUCGCUGCAUCGUCGACGUGCUAGAGAGAGAUAGAAGAGAGAGAGAGAGAGAGGCUGUGGAGGUUGAUUUCUUCUUCAUCUUCAUCAGUUCUAUGCUUUAAGGUGUUGCCAAUUCGAGUGAGAGAGAGAGAUAAUGGGAGGUUCUACACUGGUGGGCUUCCAGGACCAUCUGAAAUUGGCGAGGGAAUACGCUCUUGAGGGGCUCUAUGACACUUCUAUAAUCUUCUUUGACGGUGUUAUAGCUCAGAUCAACAAGCAUCUUAGUUCAGUAGAUGACCCUUUAAUGCGUGCAAAAUGGAUGAAUGUGAAAAAAGCCCUCUCUGAGGAAAUAGAAGUUGUAAAGCAGUUAGAUGCAGAGAGGAAGGCUUUUAAGGAAAUACCCAUGGGUCGGCGUCCAGCUUCUCCUCCAAUUCAUGGUAAAUCAUCAUUUGUUUUUCAACCAUUAGAUGAGUACCCAACUUCUUCAGCCCCUCCAAUGGAUGAUCCUGAUGUAUGGAGGCCUCCAAGUAGGGACUCUACAGGUAGAAGGCCUGCAAGGGCUGGUCAAGUUGGUAUGAGGAAAUCACCACAAGAUGGGGCUUGGGCUCGUGGUUCCACCAGACCAAAUACUACUGCGCGUGGUGCGAAGGCUGGUGGUUCAAGUCGUGCUAACACUGGCGUCCGUGGAUCAACUACUGGAAAGAAAGGCUCUAGUACGAGUGGUAAAUCUAGCAAGACAGAUUCUGCAGUAAGUUCUAAUGGUGAUGAUGAUGGGAAGUCUAAGAAGGGACAGUAUGAGGGACCUGAUCCUGAUCUUGCUGCUAUGCUUGAAAGAGAUGUGUUGGAAACCAGUCCAGGAGUGAGAUGGGAUGAUGUUGCAGGCCUGAGUGAAGCAAAAAGACUUCUGGAGGAAGCUGUUGUUCUUCCCCUGUGGAUGCCAGAAUAUUUUCAGGGAAUAAGGAGACCGUGGAAAGGAGUCCUAAUGUUUGGCCCUCCUGGGACUGGGAAGACAUUACUUGCUAAAGCUGUGGCAACUGAGUGUGGCACAACAUUUUUUAAUGUUUCUUCUGCUACCUUGGCUUCAAAAUGGCGUGGGGAGAGUGAGCGCAUGGUCCGGUGCUUGUUUGAUCUUGCAAGAGCUUAUGCACCGAGUACUAUCUUCAUCGAUGAAAUUGACUCUCUAUGCAAUGCUCGUGGGGCUUCAGGUGAGCAUGAAUCAUCCAGAAGAGUGAAGUCAGAGCUUUUAGUUCAGGUAGAUGGUGUAAAUAAUAGUUCCUCAGGCGAAGAUGGUAGCCGUAAGAUAGUGAUGGUUUUGGCUGCUACAAACUUCCCGUGGGACAUUGAUGAGGCACUUAGGAGGAGGCUUGAAAAGCGUAUUUAUAUCCCUCUUCCUAAUUUUGAGAGCAGGAAGGAGCUUAUCAGGAUAAAUCUAAAAACUGUUGAGGUGGCUCCUGAUGUGAAUAUUGAUGACGUUGCUCGCCGGACAGAAGGAUAUAGUGGGGACGAUCUCACAAAUGUUUGCAGAGAUGCUUCCUUGAAUGGAAUGAGACGGAAAAUUGCUGGAAAAACUCGCGAUGAGAUCAAGAAUAUGCCCAAGGAUGAGAUUUCAAAGGACCCUGUUGCCAUGUGUGACUUUGAAGAAGCAUUGAAGAAGGUACAACGAAGUGUUUCUGCUGCUGAUAUCGAACGGCAUGAGAAGUGGUUUUCAGACUUUGGGUCUGCAUAAAUUACAAGCUACUAUCAAGAUCAGUAACGGAUUCACAACUUCUCCAGUUGAUUAAGUGAUUUGUUUAUUAAUUUUGUCUUUAUGAUAAUCAUUGUGUUGUCGUGGUGUGAUUAAUAGUAAUCCAAGUGUCUGCAGCGUCCUAUACAGCUUGUGAAACUUUGGUUCCUUUGACCACUGACUCUAUGUAACUUAUUGAUUACGAAGAAGUUGAAGUUUCGAUUGAGAUUCAAUUCUGCACCUAUGAAAUGUAUAAUUUUCUUUCGA